UUUCCUAUAAUUUUCAUUAGUCAAAUACUUCAUGCACCUUCUCUCUCUCUAUAUAUUAACACCCCAAAGGGACCAUCUUUGCUGACCCAACGCAGAAACACACAAACAAAACUUCUUUCCUCAAUAUGGAGUUUCCUUCUCAAACAUCCGGUCACCAGGUCAAGGAAGAGAACAGAACUGAAUCAAGUCCUCGAGAUGAACAACACCGUCGUCAACAAGAGAUUGUUAUGCAGGAGCCACCACUGGCUACUCCUGAAAGAUCCACCGUCGAGGUUGGGCCAAAUGUUUCUUGCCUAUCCAAAAUGGAAGAGGCUGAUGAACUUGAAAAUGCGAAAGCCGAAAUGGGUGAAGUGAUAGAAGAAAAUCAAAGAUUAAAGAUGCGUUUGAACAGAAUACUAAAUGAUUACCGAACACUGCAAAUGCAAUUCCACAGUAUAGUUGAACAAGAGACAAAAGAUUGUUCUGAGAAACCGAACAACGAUGGCGAAGAUGAAGGAGCGAUGGAGGAAUCAGAACUAGUUUCCCUGAGUCUUGGAAGAAUUCCAAUUAUAAGAAGCAACGAGAAAGGGAAAGUCCCUAAAACAUUGAAAGAAGAAGAUAAAGAAGGGUUGUCCCUUGGAUUGGAGUGCAAGUUCGAAACAUCAAAAUCUGGAAGUGCAAGUGAACAUGUGGGGAAUCCAAGCCCUAGCAAUAGUGUUGAAGAAGUGGUAAAAGAAGAAGGUGGUGGAGAAAGCAAGGGACAGAAGACAAAUAGAGAUGAGAUUGCUGAGCAAAACCCUGCGAAGAAAGCAAGAGUUUGUGUGAGAGCAAGAUGUGACACCCCAACUUUGAACGAUGGAUGUCAAUGGAGGAAAUAUGGCCAGAAGAUUUCAAAGGGAAAUCCUUGUCCUCGAGCUUAUUAUCGUUGCACAGUUGCACCAUCAUGCCCAGUGAGAAAGCAGGUACAAAGAUGUGCUCAAGACAUGUCGAUAUUAAUCACCACCUACGAAGGAAUCCACAACCACCCUCUUCCUCUUUCAGCAACAGCCAUGGCUUCCACCACUUCCGCAGCUGCUUCCAUGCUAUUGUCUGGAUCAUCAACCUCACUCUCUGGAUCAAGAAUUUCCCCAAACAUCACCACCACUGCCGCAGAUCUUCAUGGAAUAAACUUUUCCCUCCCAGAUUCUUCCCAACCAAAUCAAUACUACCUUUCCCAUCCUUCACUCUCAUCUUCACCUUCACACCCCACCAUCACUCUCGACCUCACUUCCAAUCCAUCCUCCUCUUCUCCUCCUUUUGUCAAAUUCACUUCAAAUUCAAACUACAACAACCCUCACAGGUACCCUCCUUCCACAAGCCUCAGCUUCACUUCCUCCCAAUCUAACACAACUUCUUGGACCAACGGCUUUUUCAGCUAUAACACUCAACCAUAUAAUAACAACAGGAAUACCAAUGCCAAUGUCAAUGUCCUUGGCAACAUAAACCUUGGUAAACAACAACCCAUGGAGAACAUCUACAGUUCCUUCAUGCAAAGGAACAACAAUCCAAUCUCUCCUCUGCCGGACACCAUAGCUGCAGCAACGAAAGUAAUCACAGCAGACCCUAAUUUUCAGUCAGCUUUGGCAGCGGCACUUUCUUCAGUUAUUGGUUCAGGAAGCAUUCAGGGAAACCAAGGUACAUUAGAAAAUCUGAUUCAGAAAAUAAAAUGGGGUGAAAUGCUUCCAACAUCUUUUGCCUCACCUUCAUCUCCAAAAGUCAAUGGGUGUGCUUCAAGCUUCUUGAACAAAUCACCGGCUAAUUCACAACCAGGAAGUUUGAUGUUUCUUCAACCACCUUUGCCACUUUCUAGCCCCAAAAGCGCUUCUGGGUCCCCCGGAGAUCACAGAGACAAGAAAAAUUAGUGAUUGAGACGUUUGAAGAAUGAAGCCUCUAGCCUACGUGGGAAGGCCAUGUUGAAAGCAAGAUUCAAAAGCUUGUGUUUAAACCGUGUGUUAGUUUAUUUAAACUUUUAGGAUGUCAUAGACACGUCAUUUCGUUAAAACUUUACUAGCUAGCUUGCAGGUUGCCUUGCAAUUGUAUAAUUAAUAUGAAAAAUAAUUUAGAAAAUGUACAAAAAUAAAUAUUUCAAGUUAAGAAAAAUAUUUUUCGAAGG